AUGAAUGUUGUGGCUCCUUUGGAGAUUCAGGUGUUUUCCGAGUUAGUGAACAAAGCCCGAGUGGUUGAGGAAUGCGCUGAGAAGGUGGUACUAGCACGAGAUCCUAGAGGAGGAAACAAUAACAGAGGCCGAAGCAAGUACUUUCAGCUGAGAGGCCAGAGUUUCAAGAGGGAUGGACAAGCACCUCAAGACGCUCAAGGUGGUUGCUUCAAUUGCGGAUUGCCUGGUCACAUGGACAGGGAUUGCACUCAUGGGAGGAACCCGAAUGCAAGUCAGAAUCAACAAGGUCGGGUGUUUGCUGUGGAUGCCAGUGAUGCUGCUAAGACAGAUCCUUUGAUGAGAGGUAUAUAUUUAAUUGGUGAUAAAAUAUUAGUUGCAUUGUACGAUACUGAAGCUUCGCAUUCAUUUAUUGCAUUUGAUAAUGUUGAGGAACUAGGAUUAAGAAUGUCAGAAUUAGCUUUUUAUUUGGAUGUGCAUACCCCGUAUCAAACGGUUGUAACUAGAUUAGGUUAUAGGCAAAUAUCUUUCAAGAUUGAGGAUAGAGAGUUUGCUCAUAAUUAA